UAGGUUUACAUAGUGCGCGAAAUGACAAAUCAAGUCUCUCGUGUCAUACAGUUCAAGUCCAAGUUAAAUCACGAGUCAUAGAUGCUCAAAUCGGAGUUCAGUGGCAAGUGUUUUUUUUCUUCUCGCAAAUUCGACUCGCAAAAUGUGACUCGAGUCCACAUAUCUGGCAAAACUAGCCAAUCUCGCGUUCAUGCCAAGAAGAUAAUUUCUCAGGAAAUGUAUUUGACUAGACACCGGAAACAGCAGGUAGUGGUGGUGGGACCCUCGACGCGAGGGGCAUCAAUUCUCAUAGAAGAAGACGGGCGGGACAGUCGGGGAGUGGAGAGUUUCAGAACAGCAAGUUAACAUUUCUCCUCUAUCUAGGUGAACAUUGAAAAAUAUGGCUUUGACUCAAGAAACUAUUUUGACUUUUUUGUUGGAGCACGGGGGCAAAGUGAAGAAUUCCGAUUUGCUGAAUCAUUUUAAACCUCAGAUCAAUUGCAGUGAUCCCGCGGAAAAGAAGCACAAUAGAGAUCUAUUCAAGACAAUUAUAAACAGCGUUGCGGUCGUCAAGCAGAUAGAUGAUGUCAAGUUUGUCGUUGUAAAGAAAAGGUUUCACGACUUUGUGAAAGGUGGAAAGCAUUUAACCACUGAGAAGUCGGACUUGGACGAGAGUAUUUGCAGUCAAAACACGUCGUUCCCACCCAGUUCUUCAGAACACAGUGAAUAUUCAGCCAUUUCCAAAUCUGGUAGGAUACUGAACUCUGAUAUUGAAAAUAACAAUUCAUGUUGUGCUUCAAGCAUACAUGGAAAUUGUUUAAACGAUAUUGUAAAAUAUAUGCCUCUGCAUAUAAAUGAAUUGGGAGGAAGAUCCAAUGUGCACCCAGCAGGUUAUGGGGGUGCAGUUAGGUCAAGUAACCUUAUCAAAACUACUUAUCAAGAAACACCCACAAUCAAGAUACUGAAUGUUUCAGCUGAUCAAGGGAUCAGAAAAACUACUGGACCUGUGUUUGCUAUAGUGGCAGUGAAAUCUCCACCACAAUCACAGAGAGAAGAUCCAGUACUGACGAGGCAGGAUGGAUUAAAUAACAAAGUGUCUGUGGGAUCAAAAACUUCUGAGAUUCCAAGCAUGUUGGCUAAGAGACCUCCCACUCCUCUACCACCAGAGGCAGCCAUGACUCCUAAACCCCCCCCAGGCAGAGUGAGCUCAGAGUGGGGUACAGGCACCUACACCUCCCCUGGGGCUAAAAUCAGACAUCCAGAGCUAGGAGAGACGACACAAACAUCUGCGUCUCCACAGCUGAGGAGAACCCAAAACAAGCACCCGAAACAAGGGGACAAUGUCAAGGAUGUCAAUAAGUACUCUGAGUCUCAGUCUCCACAGCUGAGGAGAACCCAAAACAAGCACCUGAAACAGGGUGACGACACCAGCAAUGAUCUCACCACGGCAGCCAAUAAGGUUACCGCUAAAGAUGCCAAUAAGUACUCUGAUCAAUCUAUCCCUUUGGAAGCUGCAGCUCAUGAGUGGCUGGUGAAGUCUGCUGCCGGUCUCUGGGGACAUGUCUACUGCCUCCUGUUACAGGAUCCGCAGCUGGCCGAGAAGAAAGAUUUCAUCUCGGGUUUCACUGCCCUCCACUGGGCGGCCAAGGGCGGCAAUACAGACAUGGUCCGCAACAUCCUGGACAUCUCCAGGAAGAGAGGCACGGAGGUAGACGUCAACAGCAGAACACAGGCAGGUUAUACUCCUCUACACAUCGCUGUCAUACACGGACACGAUGGAGUCAUAACCUUGCUGGUGAGAGACUACGGAGCCAGUGUGAAUAUAAGGGAUAAUGAUGGGAAGAAGUCGUACCACUACCUGGAGAAAGGUGUGUCGUCUGAGCUCAGGGAACUGCUAGGGGACCCACAGGUAUCCCAACAAGACAGGUGUCAGGACAAGCAAGAGGACGAGGAGGACAGGGAGCUACCCAGGGGACUGAAUACAUUGAGCAGACUGAUGGGACACAGGAAGAGAAACAAACACCACGCUGGUGAAGACACAGAGGACGACAGAAAGGAUGGGCCACAGUCGUACCAUCGCAGACACUUCUCAGACAUGUUCUAUCAUCAUUGAAUGUUCAACAUUUGAACAGAGAAUCUAUUUAAACCCUCUUGAGACUAUAUUACAAUAUUUGAUCAAGCCUCAAUGUGAAUGUUGAGUAUUUCACUAAGCUAACUGAACGAGCACUAGUAUAAGCAAUCUACUUUUCUGGUACUAAUAUUGUGCCUGUCUUGAUUUAGUGGUGAGACAUAUUUAUAGCUAUAUAAGGACUCCCAAGCUCUUAGGAAAGUUAUUGACUGUAACGUGUUGAAGUAACACAUUUUUUAAAUAUAUACAGUGGGGCAAAAAAGUAUUUAGUCAGCCACCAAUUGUGCAAGUUCUCCCACUUAAAAAGAUGAGAGAGGCCUGUAAUUUUCAUCAUAUGUACACUUCAACUAUGACAGACAAAAUUAGAAAAAAAAAUCCAGAAAAUCACAUUGUAGGAUUUUUAAUACAUUUAUUUGAAAAUUAUGGUGGAAAAUAAGUAUUUGGUCAAUAACAAAAGUUUAUCUCAAUACUUUGUUAUAUACCCUUUGUUGGCAAUGACAGAGGUCAAACGUUUUCUGUAAGUCUUCACAAGGUUUUCACACACUUUUGCUGGUAUUUUGGCCCAUUCCUCCAUGCAGAUCUCCUCUAGAGCAGUGAUGUUUUGGGGCUGUUGCUGGGCAACACGGACUUUCAACUCCCUCCAAAGAUUUUCUAUGGGGUUGAGAUCUGGAGACUGGCUAGGCCACUCCAGGACCUUGAAAUGCUUCUUACGAAGCCACUCCUUCGUUGCCCGGGCGGUGUGUUUGGGCCCCAUUCAUUCUUUCCUUUACACGGAUCAGUCGUCCUGGUCCCUUUGCAGAAAAACAGCCCUAAAGCAUGAUGUUUCCACCCCCAUGCUUCACAGUAGGUAUGGUGUUCUUUGGAUGCAACUCAGCAUUCUUUGUCCUCCAAACACGACGAGUUGAGUUUUUACCAAAAAGUUAUAUUUUGGUUUCAUCUGACCAUAUGACAUUCUCCCAAUCUUCUUCUGGAUCAUCCAAAUGCUCUCUAGCAAACUUCAGACGGGCCUGGACAUGUACUGGCUUAAGCAGGGGGACACAUCUGGCACUGCAGGAUUUGAGUCCCUGGCGGCGUAGUGUGUUACUGAUGGUAGGCUUUGAUACUUUGGUCCCAGCUCUCUGCAGGUCAUUCACUAGGUCCCCCCGUGUGGUUCUGGGAUUUUUGACCCCACGGGGUGAGAUCUUGCGUGGAGCCCCAGAUCGAGGGAGAUUAUCAGUGGUCUUGUAUGUCUUCCAUUUCCUAAUAUUUGCUCUCACAGUUGAUUUCUUCAAACCAAGCGUCUUACCUAUUGCAGAUUCAGUCUUCCCAGCCUGGUGCAGGUCUACAAUUUUGUUUCUGGUGUCCUUUGACAGCUCUUUGGUCUUGGCCAUAGUGGAGUUUGGAGUGUGACUGUUUGAGGUUGUGGACAGGUGUCUUUUAUACUGAUAACAAGUUCAAACAGGUGCCAUUAAUACAGGUAACGAGUGGAGGACAGAUGAGCUUCUUAAAGAAGAAGUUACAGGUCUGUGAGAGCCAGAAAUCUUGCUUGUUUGUAGGUAACCAAAUACUUAUUUUCCACCCUAAUUUGCAAAUAAAUUCAUUAAAAAUCCUACAAAGUGAUUUUCUGGAUUUUUUUCUUCUCAUUUUGUCUGUCAUAGUUGAAGUGUACCUAUAAUGAAAAUUACAGGCCUCUCUCAUCUUUUUAAGUGGGAGAACUUGCACAAUUGGUGGCUGACUUAAUACUUUUUUGCCCCACUGUAUACUGACCCAAGUUAUUUUAUAAAGUUGCAUAACAAAUACCAUUAGUGUUUUCUAUGUUUCACUCUCUCUGUCUGCACUGCGGGGGUGUAGUCCUAUACUUACAGCCUGGAAACAACCUGUAAUUUCAUUGAUUCAGACAAACUAUACAUAGACAUACGUCAACAAACCACACCUUGGCAACACCCGAGUGGAUCCAAACACCUGCGUGUUCUCCAUUAACAGUGAUGCCAUCAUGAAUGAUACCAUGGUGUUGAUGCCAUGGUGUUGAUGCCAUCAUGUAUGAUGCCAUGGUGUUGAUGCCAUCAUGAAUGAUACCAUGGUGUUGAUGCCAUGGUGUUGAUGCCAUCAUGUAUGAUACCAUGGUGUUGAUGCCAUGGUGUUGAUGCCAUCAUGUAUGAUACCAUGAUGUAUGAUCCCAUGGUGUUGAUGCCAUGAUGAAUGAUCCCAUGGUGUUGAUGCCAUGAUGAAUGAUGCCAUGGUGUUGAUGCCAUCAUGUAUGAUCCCAUGGUGUUGAUGCCAUCAUGUAUGAUACCAUGAUGAAUGAUGCCAUGGUGUUGAUGCCAUCAUGUAUGAUACCAUGAUGAAUGAUGCCAUGGUGUUGAUGCCAUCAUGUAUGAUGCCAUGGUGUUGAUGCCAUGAUGAAUGAUGCCAUGGUGUUGAUGCCAUCAUGUAUGAUCCCAUGGUGUUGAUACCAUGAUGAAUGAUGCCAUGGUGUUGAUGCCAUCAUGUAUGAUCCCAUGGUGUUGAUACCAUGAUGAAUGAUGCCAUGGUGUUGAUACCAUGGGGUUGAUGCCAUUAUGAAUGAUACCAUGGUGUUGAUGCCAUCAUGUAUGAUGCCAUGGUGUUGAUACCAUGAUGAAUGAUGCCAUGGUGUUGAUACCAUGGGGUUGAUGCCAUUAUGAAUGAUACCAUGGUGUUGAUACCAUCAUGUAUGAUUCCACUGUGUUUGUUUUCACAUAUUUCAUCCUCUGCUUUAAUCAAUCUUGUUUGUCAGGAAUGUGUCAAAGUAAAAUACAUUAUUGGGU